AUGGCACCAAUUGCAAUUGCCGAUCUUGAAGCUGAUUUGCCAAAGGCCAUGACGGAUCCUUCCGUGUUCCCUGCGCCAAACGCGGACAAGGAAUUGCUAAGGCUAUGGAACUUACAUGGCGAACCUCACAGCGCAAAGUUCUUCAAUCCAGACUUGACAAGCGUAGCUGGCUUGGUCAAGCACAAUGCUUCAUCACAGCCAACAAAGGCAGCAUUCCUUUUCCCUGUCGGCCACUCGUUCAACGUUCUUGACUGGGCUGAGCUCCAUGGCCUCUGUGCCAGCGCCUCGGCGUACUACGCCGAAAGGUUGCAAAAUGAGAUUUCAAAGGCCAACCGCACCGGCCAACAACCCACAGUUGCGAUGCUGGGAACUGGUAAUUCGAUCGAGUACCUGAUCACGCAAAUCGCCCUGAACAGUCUCCAUAUCCGGAUCCUCCUUCUCAGUAACAAAAAUUCCCCUGCGACAAGAAACCACCUCCUCCGUGUCUGCAGCGCAGUCGCAAUCAUCGUUGACACGGCAAACGAGGCUUCCCUCGAGGACGAAGACGAACUCCAACUUCCGGUGGUCAACCUAGCCAGCCUUGUUGACUUGAGGAGCAGUCAAGGGACACGCGAGGGCUGGGCGGCGUUCGAAACCACAGACGUGUGGAAUUUGCAGUCCAUGAUCAUCCACUCCUCGGGCUCGACGGGCAUGCCAAAGCCAAUCAUCCACACCAACAGGAGUUUGUGCCAAAUCGCCAGGAUGUACCGGCUCCUGCCAGAGUACUUUAUAGAGAACUGGUAUCUCUGCUUCCCACUGUUCCACAUCGCAGGGUUAUCAAUUGCUUUGUCGGGGAUCCCAACUGGGCUGCCGACCUCCCUGCCCCCUGAAAACUGGCCACCGUCCCCAAGCUCAAUCCUUUCCGCGUGGAAAGCGUUGGAGGAACUUGGGUACCCGCCCGAUUGCCUUCACUGUGCCCCCUCGGUUAUCGAAGACUUGCACGAGUAUCUGUCACUCACCACCAAGGACUUCACACCGCUCACGCAAUUGAAAGUCGUGCAGCCAGGUGGUGCUCCCUUAUCUCCUGCAAUGCUGGAGAAGCUCCAAGCUCUGGGGGUGAACGUGAAGACGACCUACGGCACUACCGAAACAGGGCCGCCUCUACGAACCAUUCCCCAUACAAGAGACAACCCCGACGUGUACCGGUUUCGAAAUCUCUACCCCGAGUCCCCAUUGGUGCGCAUGGAGCCGUUGGGGGACGGUUUGUUUGAAUGUGUUGUCUUCAAAGGCUUUCCCCUGGCGGCGGAGCUUUGGCUGGACAAGUCGGCGCCCAACCCGUACCGCACUGGAGAUUUGUUCACGGAAGACCCCCCGCGCAGUGGAUACUUUGUACUCCAGGGUCGAAGGGACGACAUUCUAGUACACAGCAACGGGGAAAAGACGCACGCGACAGCACUGGCAACGUCUCUUGAGGAGGACAAGAUGACCGUGGUUGCGAAGACGGCAGUUUUCGGCACAGGGAAGCUUUGCCCCUCGCUCGUCGUGGAGAUUCGCUGGGACAAGGCUGGCGGAAUGGCAUCCACAGACCUCGAAGUCGCGGUGUGGGAAGUGGUGCAUCAGUGCAACGAGCGAGCACAAGCACAUUCCAGGAUUCCGCGCGAGACAAUCUUGAUCCUCGGAAGUGGCGAAACCCUGCCCAUCACCCCCAAAGGGAAUGUGCGCCGUAAUAUUGCAUGGGGCAUCUAUGGGGACAGGGUCGAGGAACUGUACAGCCGGUUCCUGGGCGACUCGCCAGAGGCCGGCGACAACGACAAUGGCAGAUCCCUAGACACGAACCUCUCGCCAUCAGAAACCAUUCAAUGCGCCGUGGCCGAUGUCCUGGGUCUCGCACACCAAGACAUCACGGAGGACACAAACUGGUACGAACUCGGGCUUGACUCGCUCGGGGCCGUCAAGAUCCGCUCCAAGCUCGUUGGGGCUUUCGGAAGCUUUCCAAUGAUGUUCAUAUUCGAACAUCCAACAGUGAAGGGGCUGCUCGGGUUUCUCCAACGCUAUAGGAAAAACGAUUCAGAUGACAAGGCUCUCGUCACAAAUCAGCAUCACGGAUGGAUCGCGUCAACCAUUCAGCGAUUCAACGAACAAAUCAGCAGCUGGGCGACCCCCGAGCAUCACAACACCGACCAUGGACCACAGGAUGGACACGUCGUGUACUUGACGGGUGCAAGUGGCGCUCUUGGCAAUGCUUUGCUGGAGGCUCUGGUCGAUCAACCACGAGUGAAGAAGAUCUAUUGCGCGGUUCGGGGGGCCGACCCACAAGCUCGAGUGAUGGAAUCCAUGAAGUCGAGGGGAUACUCCGAACGCCUUUAUAUGAGCGAUAAGAUUUGCGCCAUUCAGUACGACAUGAAGGACGUGGAUCUCGGAUUGCACAGCCGGACGAUUGAGUUACUAACCAAGGAUGUGACCGUCGUCAUGCACAAUGCCUGGAAACUCGACUUCAAUCAGCCAAUCCAGCAAUUUGAAGAGGAUUGCUUGAAAGGUACCAUGAACUUGAUGUCUUUUUGCCUGAAAGGGACCAAGAAAAAGUUUGUCUUUAUGAGCAGCGUAGCAGCGGCGAUGGGCAACGAGACCGGCACGAAAAUUCCGGAGCUGCCUCUUGGCCCUGAUCCGGGUAACGCGCUCUCCACGGGCUAUGCGCAAUCCAAGUUCAUCGUGGAGCAGAUUACACAGCAUUAUGCUUCCGCGCUCAAGAUGCCUGUGCAUAUUCUCAGGGUAGGCCAGCUUUGCGGCCACUCAAAACUGGGGGUAUGGAACCACACAGAGAUGUGGCCGAUCAUGAUGAUGACCGGUCUGGACGUCCUCUCUGCAAUGCCUGUACUGGAGACCAAGGUCGACUGGCUCCCCGUCGACCUUUGUGCAGAAUCCAUUCAGAGAGCCGUGCUUACUUCUGGCGACGAGCCGAUGUAUACGGUCACAAACCUCGUCAACCCAAGCCCGAUCGCUUGGGACGCUAUGCUCUCUCUGCUCCAGGAAGCUUCAGGAGCCGAGUUUAAGCGUGUUGAGAUGGGAGAAUGGGUAGCGCAGUUGGAGGCUCGGGCGAGCUCGGACAGAGCUCAGGAUCAGGACAUUCCCGCACUGAGACUUUUGGGCUUCUUCCAGGAGAUGGCUCAAGGAUCGGCGAACGGCGAAGGCGUGGGAUUCGAAGUCGGCAAAGUGGAAACUGGCCAGCAAAUCGAUGUUUCUAUGGUACGGAAAUGGUUAGAUAGAUGGCAUCAUGCCAGAGUCUAUAGAAUUUAGCAAUAUUUAUGAUAGGUAACUAUGUAGUUACUAGUUAUUUGGAUAUGCAAAGCCUAAAGACGCCUUACGCGAUAUGGGAUAAUUCAGG